GGAGCUUAUAAUAGGCUACAAACACAUCAUUGAAAAGCUUCAGUCUCGAACACAUUAAAGACACACUGCUAAUCGCGCGCGGUGCGCGAGCGCUGCCUGGCCGGACCGGUUACCUCAGCUGAUCGAAAGUAAAAACAAUGAGAUCGCUUUGGGAAGUAUCGGGUCUUUACAUCUGUUUAAUACUAUCAAGAUUAUUCAAUGCUGUAACGUCUGUCGUCUAUGUCGAGAAUGGGACGAGUCUGACUUUAAAACCCAAUAUUCAAGGAAAGCCUGAGGAAAUUUUGUGGACACACAAUGGAAACAAGGUGGCUGAAAAUGAUCUGAUUGAGUUUCUAGAAUAUGGUCAGUUCAAGGGAAGAUCAGAGAUCGAAGUCCUUACUGGACAGCUCACGGUCAAUCAGAUGACCAGUCGUGACAGUGGGACUUACAGGUCUAUAAUAACGAUCAACGGGAAGCUGCAAAACUCUGACAAUGAAGUUAAAGUUAUUGAUGCUGUGCCGGAGCCGGUCGUGAUCUGUCAUCUGAACGACACUUCCAGAGCUCUGUUGUGUUCAGUGUCUCAGUCUCGUGUCUCUUACACAUGGACCGGGUCCGGUUCAGCACCACAGUCGGGGCAGGAGCUUCGCCUCAGCGGAGAGGAGACGCCGGACUCCGUCUACACGUGUACUGUGAAGAAUGAAGUGAGCGAGCGGAGCAGCAACUUCUCUCUGAAAGACUGCGACACAGAUGGAUCACUAUUACAUCAGAAUAUCAUUCUAGUUGUUCCAUUGUCCAUCAUCAUUGCUGUUGUUAUUCUGGUGAUCAUCGUUGUUGCCGUCAUUUGUUUCAAACGACACAAAAGACAUGCACAGGGAUCUAAGCAGGGAACAGACGGCGGGGAUGGAGAGAAAACGGAGGAGCAAGAAAAUAAGAAAGAAGUUAAAUGUACUCUUCUGAAUGCACCGACGGAAGAUGAUUCAGACGGUGGCAUCUCAGCAGCUCGUGAAGAGAAAAACCUCACUGGAUCAGAACAAGACAGGCUUGAAGAGCUGUAGACUGGGACACAUAACUAACUUCAACACCCCAGGACCCACAUCUCUUUCACAUCGUGGAGCUUAAACACCCCGUUUACAUGUCACCGUUUUCCACCAUAAACGGAAUAAUAAUGUGCUUUGGUCAAUCAUUUACACAGCAUUUUGGGGGCUUGAAAACACAAUCUUUUGAGAACAGGCCUAUUCUCCGUACGUGGAUUACUCCGUUAUCAGGAUUUCACGGUGGACGAUUUGACAUGAUCCAGGAUUGUUAGGUUCUUCAAAGCUCAUCCCAGAAUUGUCAUUGAACUCAAACCUGCUCGGGAUCAGCUUGUUUCAUGCAAACAGGAUCAGAUUCAAUCAAAGCAGAGGUGCUACUUUCUUACUUUCUACAGCAACUGCUACUUUCUUACAAGUGUAGAUUAACUUGUUUUUCAUUAACAGUUAACCGAGGCCCUUAUCGGUUAAUACUCGGUUAACCAUAGUGUGUGCGCCGCAAC